UGAACUGGGCAGCUGUGACACGCACACCUUGUCACCUUGUCACCAAUUUCCUGCCCGGGGUCCCAGAGCCGCCCUUGUUGGAGCCCACAGGGGUAAGGUUGGGCUUCUCACUUUGCCUCCAAUGAAGCUUGGUGGCAUGGGAAGAAUUUUGGCAGUGUCGAGGUCUGAGUUUUAGUCCGUUCCCCGUCUGGGCCUGAGUUUCUCCCUGGCAGCCCUUGGCUGGUCCCUGCGAGCCCGUGGACACUGCCAGAGAUGUCCUCUUUCAGUUACAGGACCCUGACUGUGGCCCUCUUUGCCCUGAUCUGCUGUCCAGGAUCUGAUGAGAAGGUAUUCGAGGUACAUGUGAGGCCAAAGAAGCUGGUGGUUGAGCCCGAAGGGUCCCUCGAAGUCAACUGCAGCACCACCUGUAACCAGCCUGAAGUGGGUGGUCUGGAGACCUCUCUAGAUAAGAGGCUGCUGGAGGAACAGCCUCAGUGGAAACAUUACUUGGUCUCAAACAUCUCCCAUGACACGGUCCUCCAAUGCCACUUCACCUGCUCCGGGAAGCAGGAGUCAAUGAGUUCCAACAUCAGCGUGUACCAGCCUCCAAGGCAGGUCCUCCUGACACUGCAACCCACUUGGGUGGCCGUGGGCAAGUCCUUCACCAUUGAGUGCAGGGUGCCCACCGUGAAACCCCUGGACAGCCUCACCCUCUUCCUGUUCCGUGGCAAUGAGACUCUGCACAGUCAGACCUUCGGGAAGGCAGCCCCUGCCCUGCAGGAGGCCACAGCCACAUUCAGCAGCACGGCUCACAGAGAGGAUGGCCACCACAACUUCUCCUGCCUGGCUGUGCUGGACUUGAUGUCUCACGGUGGCAACAUCUUUUGCAAACACUCAGCCCCGAAGAUGCUGGAGAUCUAUGAGCCUGUGUCGGACAGCCAGAUGGUCAUCAUAGUCACGGUGGUGUCAGUGUUGCUGUUCCUGUUCGUGACAUCUGUCCUGCUCUGCUUCAUCUUCAGCCAGCACUGGCGCCAGCAGCGGACGGGCACCUACGGGGUGCGAGCGGCUUGGAGGAGGCUGCCCCAGGCCUUCCGGCCAUAGCACGCAUGAGUGGCAUGGCCACCACCAUGGUGGUCACUGGAACUCAGUGUGACUCCUCAGGGUUGAGGUCCAGCCCUGGCUGAAGGACUGUGACAAGCAGCAGAGACUUGGGACAUUGCCUUUUCUAGCCCAAAUACAAACACCUGGACUUA